AACGGAGAGCUCACGCACCGCGACAGCAUGAUCAAAAAGGGUGCGGAAGGCGCCCAGGGCAAGCAAUUCUACCGCAUGAAGCGUGGUGACGUUCAAUUCACCACUGGUGGAACAGGAAUCGCACACUCCGAACAAAAUGAAUCUAACAAGCCCGUCCACUUUCUCCAGAUCUGGGCUCUUCCCUGGAAACAUGGCCUCAAGCCUCAAUACCACACCCGCACAUUCGACGAAGCCGCCAAGCGCAAAGCAUUCGUCCCGAUCCUCUCCCCGCUGGCUGCCGGGCCCGAAGCAACCCCUGCCGAUGAGGAAGCCGCCGUCCCUAAGAUCCCAGACACGAUCCCGAUUCACGCAGACUUUGUGAUGGGCGCGGGAAUCAUUGAACCCGGGCAGAAGUUCCAGUGGACUGUCGGUGCUGGCGAAGACGUGGUUAGCCGCAAGAAGAAGAGGAACGUGUAUGUGCAUUUGCCCAUGACGAAGAACGGCAAGGCCCAGAUCCGGUUGGAUCAUCGGGACGAGGCGGUUCUGAGUGAGGGUGAUGGAGCGUUCAUCACAGGGGUGAAUGCGGGUGAUGUACUGAGUGUGGAGAGUGUUGGGGAUGCGGAGGCUGAGGUUAUUGUUCUGGAUAGUGAUUAGUGGGGGUUCGAUGGCUGCUUUGAAUCCUUUUGCCGGGUGUAAGGUGUUUCUGGGGCUUAUUGUAGUAUACAUAUGAUUCGCAUCAUGUUACCUUUUUUUAACUUUCCAAUAAUGAUAUUGUACCAUGAGCAAUUUGCAGGUUAUGUCAUGGA